AUGGUUCUAGGCAAUAAGGGCAUGGUAAUGAUGAUGAUGAAGAACCUAAAGUUGAAGAAGGAGUACAGUGAAGCAAAGAAGUGCAAACUUGCUGCCAUUGAGUUUGUUGAUUAUGCAAACUUAUGGUGGGAGAACGUAAAGGCUCAAAGAUGUAGGGAUGGGCUUGAUGAUGAGUUGUAUAUCAAACUCCAAAGUUUGCGCCAAGGUGAAAUAUGUGUGGAAGACUAUGUUAAAGAAUUUGAGAUGCUGAUGUUGAGAUGUGAUGUGAGGGAACCACAAGGACAAACCAUUGCCCAUUUUCUUGGUGGUUUGAAUUAUGAAAUUGCUAAUACUGUUGAAUUGCAACCAUAUGUGUUUUUGCAAGAUGUGAUCAAACUUGCCAUUAAGGUUGAAAGGCAAAAAAUGAAAGGUGGAUAUAAGGGCACUAUUACUAAAACAUUCAUAAAACCUUCUAACACUAGCACCCCACUUACUAGUGAUAAAGGUGGCAUAAAGAAGCAUGACAAAGGGGAGAGCUCUACCAAAGCACCAGUUAGCGUGAGCAAAGGCAAGGAGAAGGAAGUAGAUCCAGCCCCUCCCAAAAGAAGUAGAGACAUAAAAUGCUUCAAGUGCCUUGGCCAUGGACACAUUACUUUAGAAUGUCCCAACAAGAGAGUAAUGGUGAUGAAGGAAGCCCAAUGGGAGCUAGAGAGUGAAGAUGAGACUUAUGAGGAGGAAGAGAAUCAUAAAGCAUAUGGUGAUGAAGAAGUAGAGUAUGCUGAUGUUGGGGAGAUGUUAGUGGUCAGAAGAACCUUAAGUGCACAUGCAACAAAGGAGGAAGAGCAAAGAGAGAACAUCUUCCAUACUAGAUGCACUAUUCUCAACAAGGUGUGUAAUGUUAUUAUUGAUGGUGGUAAUUUUACUAAUGUUGCUUCUACUACCUUAGUUGAGAAACUUAAUCUGCCCAUCUUAGUGCAUCCUUAUCCUUAUAAAUUGCAAUGGCUUAAUGAUGAUGGUGAUGUUAAGGUGAAAAAGCAAGUAGUUGUUCCUUUCUCCAUAGCGUUACCAAACAGACCAGCCUACAGAAGCAAUCUCGAAGAGGCUAAGCAGUUGCAUAAGCAAGUCAUGGAGCUAUUGAAAAAGGGCUAUAUUCGUGAAUCCAUGAGCCCAUGUUCUGUUCUGGCUUUGUUGGUGCCCAAAAAGGAUGGUUCCAUGUGCAUGUGUGUUGAUAGUAGGGCCAUUAAUAAAAUCACGGUAAAGUAUCGCUAUCCCAUUCCUAGACAUGAUGAUAUGCUUAAUGAAUUACAUGAUGCUGUUAUCUUUUCAAAAGUUGAUUUGAAAAGUGGUUACCCUUAG